AUAUUAUUUGUAUGUUACACUUACAAAAUACAAAUAUUGAAAUAUUUCGAUGACGAAUUUAUAAUAAUUUAUUACAGAAUGUGUUAAAUGUCUACUAGAAUUUUGAGUAGCCUUGGCUUUCGACUUAUGUGAAAACGUAUAGUUGUUAUUUUAUUAUUGUGAUAAAAUUAAUGUGACAUUUUCAUUUAUUGAAACAUUUCAAAAAUGCCGGAACCAGUCGAAGAAGUUCCGUCAAUCGGCAUUAUAUAUCCACCGCCCGAAGUAAGGAAUAUUGUUGAUAAAACUGCAAGUUUUGUCGCGAGAAAUGGACCUGAAUUUGAGUCACGUAUUAGACAAAACGAACUUGGAAAUCCUAAGUUCAAUUUUCUUACUCAAGGAGAUCCUUACCAUGCAUAUUAUUUGCAUAAAGUCAAAGACCUUAAAGAGAAAGCAGCACAAGAACCAACAUUACCGCCUAAAGAAACUAAAAGUGUAUCAACAGCUACACAACUAAAACAACAAGAGUUACUCAAACAAGUCCAAGAAUCUGUUUUCGUUCCAAAAGAUCCACCUGAAGAAUAUGAAUUUAUUGCCGAUCCUCCAUCUAUAUCGGCACUUGAUUUAGAUAUAGUUAAGCUUACAGCAUUAUUUGUUGCACGAAACGGACGGCAAUUUCUAACAAACUUGAUGGCACGAGAGCAGCGUAAUUUCCAGUUUGAUUUUUUGAGGCCACAACACUCGCUAUUUCAGUACUUCACUAAACUUCUCGAGCAAUAUACCAAAGUUCUAAUGCCUCCUAAAGAUUUAUUGAGAUAUUUAAAAGAAGAAAGCCUCGAUAGGCAAACAAUUUUAGAUAAUGUCAAGUAUCGUUCUGAAUGGCAAAAGCAUCAAGACGCUCUACGCAGAAAAGAAGAACAAUUGAUUGAGAAAGAAAGAUUGGCUUAUGCUCAGAUCGAUUGGCAUGAUUUUGUUGUUGUCGAGACUGUAGAUUUUCAACAUGGUGAAAUCGGCAAUUUCCCGCCGCCUACUACACCCGACCAAGUCGGUGUGCGAACAUUGAUGCAGGAACGAGUUGACAAUGGAGAGGCAGGUAAUGAAUUGAGCGACGCUGAAGAUAAUAAUAUGCAAGUUGAUAGUGAUGAUGAAAUGGAAAACAGAACUGGAAAUAGAAUGUAUGCUCCUGAAAGCGAACUCAGAGUGCCAGGUGAAGAGAAAUCUAGUCGAGACAAUAACCAGGUACAAGAUAUGGACGAAUCAUCGAGCGAUGAAGAGAGCGAUUUGCCACCUGGCGUUUCUAAAUCUGAUAGUCGCUCCAGUCAAAUGAAUCAACCACCCGUACCUGAAAAGGUUAUUGUAAAGAAGGGAUACAAUCCUAAACAAAUUGUCCGAGCUCCGGUUAAAGCACCGCCAGAAGAAUAUUUAAUAUCUCCUAUAACUGGUGAAAAGAUUCCAGCCAGCAAAGUACAAGAGCACAUGAGAAUUGGACUGCUAGAUCCACGUUGGGUAGAACAACGAGAUAAACAUAUAAGCGACAAAAUGAAUCAAGAAUCUGUGUAUGCUCCGGGUACUGCUAUUGAGGCGAGUUUGAAACAAUUGGCCGAACGUCGUACCGAUAUUUUCGGUGUCGGCGUGGAAGAAACUGCAAUUGGUAAGAAAAUUGGAGAGGAAGAAACAAGAAAAGACGAUAAGGCUACAUGGGAUGGCCAUACGUCCAGCGUAGAAGCAGCAACUCGAGCAGCGAGAGCUAACAUAACAUUAGAAGAUCAAAUCCAUCAAAUACACAAAGUGAAAGGACUGAUUCACGACGAAGAAAAAGAAAAGAUUGGGCCAAAACCUGUGUCAGGUACAGUAACCAUUUCGCAUCCACCCACUUCUCAAGCUGUUUCCGUUCAAAUGACGAUGGCCAACAAUAUGCAAAACGCCAUGAUGCAACCUCAUCCGCCCAAUAUGAUGCAGCCCCCAAUGAUGCUUGUUCAACAACAGCAACAACAACAACAACAAAUGAUGGUACCACAAGGUCAGCCGUAUCAAGUGAUGCAACCACAAAUGCCACCAAAUCCGUUUUUGGGCGCAGCUCGUGGUAUGAUGCAACAGCAACCGCCAUUGCCGACGGGUCCGCCUAGCAUGAUGAAACACGGUAUGGAAAUGAUGGAAGAUGAACCCCUGAUGAAGAAACAAAAAACCGAAGAUUCGUUGGAACCAGAAUUACAAUUUUUGAUGAAGUUUAAUGGUCCAGUUAUGUUUAAUGUUUCUACUCCAGUUCUGACCGACAAACCCGAAUGGAAAUUAAAUGGACAGCUCUUGAACAUCACGUUACCACUCCAAGAAACUGUGUCGGUAAUAAAAACAAAAAUCCACGAGCUAACAGGAAUGCCACCAGGAAAACAAAAAUUGCAAUGUGAUGGAUUGUUUUUUAAGGAUUCCAAUACCAUGGCUUACUACAAUAUCGGGCCUGGAUCGACUAUUCACUUACAAUUAAAAGAGCGCGGUGGUCGUAAAAAGUAGUCUAAAUAUAAUUUUUUUUUUUUUAUUAUUCAAUAAUAUAUAUUAUAAAUUACAUAAAAAUAAAUCUUAAAUUUAUCAACAACAACGUUUAUAAAAUGUUUAACAAAAUCUAUCACAUUUUACUUAGCAAUAUCCGAUAGCACUUGUUUGAUAAUAUUGUUGUACCGUUCAACCAUCGGCGUGUAUAUCUGUAAGACAAAACCGAAACAUUCUCGUUAGGUUUUGUUUUUAUUGUACAAACGUUUAAUACAUUGUAAUACGCACUUGGUAAGCAUCUUUA